AUGCAAACGUACCAUAUCCAAACUUCCGGUUGUCAAAUGAAUGUGGCGGAUUCGGAGCGCCUUGCCGGGGUCCUUAGGAAUGAACUAAACAUGCGCGUGGCUGACCAGUCACAAGACGCUGAUUUGGUCCUUUUCAAUACCUGCAGUAUUCGCGACCAUGCCGAACAGAAAUUGUACGAUGCACUCGGUCCGUACGCUGCCCAAAAGCGCAAAGGACAGAAACAAAUGGCCCUCAUCGUGACGGGCUGUGUCGCGCAACAAGAAGGUGAAGCGUUACUGCGACGCGUGCCCGAAAUAGAUGUCGUGCUUGGACCACAGUACGUGCCUUUUUUGAAAAAUGUAUUGGAGAGCGUCAGCCUUGGACAGCAAAUUGUGGCCACUGCGCCAAUGUUAUUGCAAGAAGACGUGAGUGGAAGCAGUGCAGAUUGGAAUCACAAGCCUGUCCGGGGACACGACGUUCGAGCCUGGGUCAACAUCAUCCAUGGGUGUAAUGAACAUUGCACUUAUUGCGUUGUACCGGGUACGCGAGGAAUGGAACAGUCGCGAACGAUGGAAGCCAUUCUGCAGGAAAUAAUCGAUCUUGGAAGGAGAGGCUAUAAGGAGGUGACGUUGUUGGGUCAAAAUAUUGACGCAUACGGUCGAGAUAUGGUCCCAAAGAGAACGUUCGCCGAUUUACUCACAUUCCUGAAUUUUAGGAUUCCCCAGGACGAUAUGCGGAUUCGUUACGUCACCUCUCACCCGAGGUAUUUUUCGGACCGUGUGAUUGAUGCGGUCGCCAACCUGGACAAGGUGUGUGAAUGCUUUCACAUGCCUUUUCAAGCCGGUGACGAUGAAGUAUUACGGCGGAUGCGGCGCGGAUAUACGUACGAUUCCUAUAUGCGCAUCAUCCGCAAAAUUCGGGACAAAGCACCCGAUGCGGCCAUUUGUGGAGAUGUCAUUGUCGGAUUUCCCGGUGAGACUGACGAAGGCUUCGAAAAGACGCUCCAACUCAUGGAAGAAGUGCAUUUUGACAAUCUGAACACGUUCGCCUAUUCGCCACGACCGAAUACGGAAGCGGCUACUUGGGAUGAUCAAGUUCCCGACUCAGUCAAAGCCGAACGCCUGCAGCGUGUUCAAACGUUGGCAGCGGAACAUGGGCUAGAGCGCAGCAUGCGGUAUGUAGGUCGUGUUGUACCCGUGUUGGUAGAAGACGGCAACCCCCGGAAUCCCGCACAAGUAAUGGGACGCACACGACAAGGCCGUCAGGUGUAUUUUGAUGGCGAUCUGGCUGCCUUGCGAGGGGAGAUAGUGGAUGUACAUAUUACCGAAGCCCGAACGUGGAGUCUCAUGGGGGAGCAGGACGUAUCCGAGCCCAAACUCUAA